ACUUUGUUGCCUUUGCAAAAAUAAAAAACACGCAACCUUUGAACCUUCAACAGCGGAUAAAUUUGAAUACUUUAAUUACUAUUAUUUACCGAGGUUUAUAAAUACCAGCUACCGAACAAAGUUCAAUCUGUAUUUUUUUCGUCUCCGCAAUAUGUUGAAAGGAACAAUUAAAAUAGUGAGCGCUGCGAUAAACGGUCGUGGCAUUGCGUCCUUGGCCGCCUUGCCUGAGACUCACCAGAUGCUACAAAAGACAUGCCGGGACUUCGCAGAAGGUGAAUUGAAGCCGGUCGCGGCCAAAAUCGAUCGCGUGCACUUAUACCCAAAGGAUCAAAUUAAGAAAAUGGGAGAACUGGGCCUAAUGGCUAUCGCUACUCCAGAAAAAUACGGCGGCACUGGGCUGGAUUACUUGGCCUACGCUAUCGCUUUGGAGGAGGUAUCAAGAGGAUGCGCGAGCACUGGUGUAAUUAUGUCUGUAAAUAACUCUCUUUACUUGGGACCCAUAAUGUACUGGGGCAAUGAAGAACAAAAACAAAAGUAUAUAAUACCUUUUACCGGCGGGGAUAGGGUCGGCAGUUUCGCGCUUUCGGAGCCCGGAAACGGUUCGGACGCGGGGGCCGCUUCAACGACAGCCAAAUUUGACUCGAACAAUUACUUUUUGAAUGGAACAAAGUCUUGGAUCACCAACGGUUACGAGAGCGAAGCCUCCGUCGUUAUGGCCACGACUGAUAAAAGUUUAAAGCACAAAGGCAUCUCGUCGUUUAUCGUACCCAAACCGAUUGACGGUUUAGAAUUGGGGAAGAAAGAGGACAAGUUGGGGAUCAGGGGCUCCUCUACUUGCAAUCUAAUAUUUGACAAUUGCAAAAUACCUAAAGAGAAUUUACUAGGUGAACCCGGUUCGGGGUUUAAGAUUGCCAUGAUGACGCUCGACGCUGGCCGAAUAGGGAUAGCGGCCCAAGCGUUGGGCAUAGCGCAGGCCUCUUUGGAAGUGGCUGUCGAUUAUGCCUCCAAGAGGUUGGCAUUCGGCAAACCACUUAUAAAACUGCAAACUAUUCAAAACAAACUUGCCGACAUGGCGCUGCAAUUGGAGGCGGCUCGAUUGCUCACUUGGAGGGCCGCUUGGCUUAAGGAUAACCAGAAGCCCUACACGAAAGAGGCCGCGAUGGGGAAAUUGGCCGCCAGCGAGGCAGCCACGUUUUUGAGUCAUCAGUGUAUUCAGAUAUUGGGAGGCAUGGGUUACGUUUCGGAUAUGCCAGCGGAGAGGCAUUACCGCGAUGCUAGGAUCACUGAGAUAUAUGAAGGUACAUCCGAGAUACAACGAUUGGUUAUUGCCGGCAAUCUGCUCAAAGAAAUGGGGGCGCAAUAACCAUUUAUAAGACAAAAAUUAUUUUUAAAAUGUUAUAUAUAUAUCAUAUUUGUAAGAACUUAACGCGAUCAAAAUAAUCUGGCCUUAGGGAUAAAUGUUUCUUGCAUACACUCAUUUUCUGAUCUCAAUAUGAAGUGACUUACAGUCAGCCGAAAUUGCAAAAAAUGUAGAUGUAAUUUUUAAACAGUUGGUUCUCUGAUGUAAAGCAUUUGUGCCUCUCCGAACCAAAGGAAUAUGUAAUUAACUGUGAUUCUGCAGUGCCUCCCAUUUAAUGCCUCCUGUAACAUAGUAACUUAGAUCUCCGGUAUUAUGCGUUUCCUACAACUCUCUGUGCAAUAUCCACUUUUAUAAAGCUCUACUCAUUUUAUUAAUAAAAUCAAACAUAAU